AUGUUCACCCACACUUCUCCUUCUGGUUGUACUAUUCUGCAACUCUAUGUUGAUGAUAUGAUUAUUAUCGGGGAUGACUAUGCUCAUAUUGCUUAUACUAAGCAACAUAUUCACCGUCAGUUUGCUAUGAAGGAUCUAGGUUUCUUACGUUAUUUUCUUGGUAUUGAGGUUGCUCGCAAUCGACGUGGUAUUCUUCUCUCUCGGCAGAAGUACAUCACCGACAUUUUGGCUCGUGCUGAGUUGUCUGAUACUCGUCUUGCGGCUACUCCCGUUGAACUUCAUUUACAGCUUCGUUCGGAUGAUGGUGAGCCUUUGUCCGAUGUUACUCGCUACCGGGCUCUUGUUGGCGGUCUUGUCUAUCUUACGACUACUCGUCCCGAUAUCGCCUAUGCUGUUCACCUUGUCGGUCAAUUUGUAGCGGCUCAUCGUACAGUUCAUUAUGCUUCUGUACUCCGCAUUCUGCGAUAUCUUCGUGGUACUCUGACACGCUCGCUUUUUCUCCCAUCAACUUCCUCACUUGCUCUUCGUGCUUACUUCGAUGCUGAUUGGGCUUCGGAUGUUACCGACCGCAAGUCCAUUACGGGAUUUUGUGUCUUUCUGGGUGAUUCUCUGAUUUCUUGGCAUGCUAAGAAGCAACUUGUCGUGUCUCGCUCUUCUACCGAGUCCGAGUAUCGUGCUAUGGCUGACACUACAGUUGAGAUUAUUUGGCUUCGACGUCUCCUUGCCGAUCUUGGUGUUGCCUCCUCUAAUCCCAUUCCUCUUCAUUGUGACAAUAAGAGUUCUAUUCACAUUGCUACAAAUCCGGUCUUUCAUGAGCGUACCAAGCACAUCGACAUUGAUUGUCAUAUCACGCGUCAUCAGCUCCAAGCACGUAUAAUUUCUCUUCCCUUUGUAGCCUCUGCAGCCCGACUUGUCGACUUAUUCAUCAAAUCUCUCACAUCACAACGAUUUGCUACUCUUAUUUCCAAACUCUCAUUGGUUGACCCACCUUGA